ACCCAGCGUUGCCCUUCUAGCCCCUGUCCUUCACUGUUCUAGAGAAAUUUUUUAGAUUGCGCAGUAACUGCUAGAAUCGAUCAAUCCAGGAGAGGGAAAAAUGCCGCAAGCACGCGUCAACACUAGCUUCGAUGGACCCAAUGUGGAUGUUUUGAUCGACAUGGGGCAUCCUCUUCUCAACCGGAUUGUGGAUGGAUUCAUCAAAGUCGGAGGGACCGGCGCCCUCCAUGCGGCAGCCCAAGAGUCCAUGCGCUACGUCUCUCAAGAGAGUGCUAACAAGAGGUCUCUCGAGAAAUCGGUGAAUCAAAUGGGGAAGGAGUGCUUGCAGUGGGGAAUGGUGGCUGGGAUUUACUCCGGGAUGACCUACACGAUGCAGGAAGCUCGCGGAGUCCAUGACUGGAAGAACGCAUUGCUGGGUGGAGCAUUGACGGGAGCGGCACUGUCGCUGACCGAUUCAAACGUGACCCACGAGCGCGUCAUUUCGAGCGCGAUUACUGGCGGAGCGAUUGCGACCGCGGCCGAGUUCCUCCGAAAUCUCACUUGAAAAUCACACAUUACUCUGUUCAAGCUUUGUUUCAUGGUGGUACUAAUAUAUAUAUACCUUGUGAGAUUGCAAGCUUAUUCUA